UGUGUGCGCCGCGGGUGCUGGGGGCUCGAGAACCGAGCGGAGCUGGUUGAGCCUUCAAAGUCCUAAAACGCGCGGCCGUGGGUUCGGGGUUUAUUGAUUGAAUUCCGCUGGCGCAGGAUCCUCUGCAGAAAGAGAGAGCGCGAGAGAUGGAGAUGGACAAACGGAUUUAUUUAGAGCUGCGGAACAGGACGCCCUCUGAUGUGAAAGAGCUGGUCCUGGAUAACUGUAAGUCAAUUGAAGGCAAAAUCAAAGGCCUCACGGAUGAGUUUGAAGAACUGGAAUUCCUAAGUACAAUCAACGUAGGUCUCACCUCCAUUUCCAACUUACCCAAGUUAAACAAACUCAAGAAGCUUGAAUUAAGUGAAAACAGAAUCUCAGGGGACCUGGAAGUAUUGGCAGAGAAAUGUCCGAACCUUAAGCAUCUAAAUUUAAGUGGCAACAAAAUAAAAGAUCUCAGCACAAUCGAGCCGCUGAAGAAGUUAGAGAAUCUCAAGAGCCUAGACCUGUUUAACUGUGAGGUGACCAACCUGAACGCCUACCGAGAAAACGUGUUCAAGCUCCUGCCCCAGGUCAUGUACCUUGAUGGCUAUGACAGGGACAACAAGGAGGCCCCUGAUUCUGAUGUUGAGGGCUAUGUGGAGGAUGACGACGAGGAAGAUGAGGAUGAGGAGGAGUAUGAUGAAUAUGCCCAGCUAGUGGAAGAUGAAGAGGAAGAAGAUGAGGAGGAAGAAGGGGAGGAAGAGGAUGUGAGUGGCGAGGAGGAGGAGGAUGAAGAAGGUUAUAAUGACGGAGAAGUGGAUGAUGAGGAAGACGAAGAAGAAGCUGGUGAAGAAGAAGGGAGUCAGAAGCGAAAACGAGAACCGGAUGAUGAGGGUGAAGAGGAUGACUAAGGGGAAUGAACCUGUUUGGGGAAAUUCCUGUUGUGAUUUGACUGUUUUUACCCAUCUCCCCUCCCCCUCCUAUUCCUGCCCCCCGAAACUUAUUUUUUUCUGAUUGUAGCGUUGCUGUGGGAAUGAGAGGGGAAAAGUGUACUGGGGGUUGCCGGGGGUGGGGGUGGGAGGGGAGGAAUAAAAUACUAUUUUUACUGCCAUACUUAAUCCCCCCCCCUCCUUUUUCCUUGUGUCUGGUUUUGUCCCCAUAAAAUGCAAUAGCUUAGUACACACCAAGCAAGUGUUUGUUCUUACUCUCUGGAGAGGAUGGCGUGGAGGUCUUCAACAUUUUCUGGUAUAUCCCACAUCCCCAGAGCUGAUCAGGAGGCUGUGGCUGGCCUCUACCAGGUGACUUAUAGCCCAAGAGCCACUGAAUCCCAGCCCCUGUCUUCACUAACUCCUGUUCUGGUUCAGUAUGUGCGGUCUCUGCCAGAGGCACCCAGCACCCUGGUUUGUAAAUAGCAACUGAAAGGCGUAUUUUGGCACUGGUUUGGGGACAGUCCCCAUCUCUCAUCCCUUUUCCCCCUCCACAGAUGGCAGUGGGCUUUGCUUUUUGCAGAGAGAACUCUUGUUACUCUGGGGCUAUGAUCCCGAGAGCCAAAAAGCGGAAAGCAAAAAACAAAACAACAAACAACAAAAAGCAAAAGGCAGGCUUAGGAGGUACAUGUAAAAUGGGGAAGAGGUGAACCUUUAUGUUUUAACUUCUUUUUUAAAAAAACAAAAACAAAACAAACCUGUUCUAUCUGCUUCUGUACAAUAGUGGAGCAAUUUGUUUUGCAGAAAUGACAGGAGAACUCUUGUCUGGGCGCUCCAGCUGAGAGUCUUUUUACAGAUCUAAGUUCUGGAGGCUUCUUUGCAUGUCCUCUGGGUUUUUAUUGUUUGUUUUCCUUCUCCAUCCUUCUACAUCAGAGCACGGAAAAGGAAUGCAAAGUCAUAUUUUCUUACCUGGUGGGACUCUGAAGUGGCCACAGGUUUCUCCUAGUGAACGCUGUGUGCUUUCAGCAUCCCUCUUCCAGAUUAGAAGUGACUGUUUCCUGCCCUGCGUCUCAUUUGUACAGAACAACUGAAACUCAUUUUUCUCCCGCCCUUGAGAAAGAGCCAAACUUUGAGUUUUAUGUCUGUUUGUCAUUGAUAAAUUUCAAUAAAUCUUUUUUAUACAAUU